AUGAACCCUUCCCUUCCGCCAACAGACCCUGUGUCUCAUGACCAACAUCCUCAGCGCAGUGUCGCUCUUCUAAAGAAAAAGCCGAAGGCUGCAGAUCCGCUUUUUGGGGGGAAGAAGAAACCAACUUACAAAGCCGCGGUGCCUCUUGCGAAGCCGGGUAUCAAUGGCGCCCCUCCACCAGUGUUAAAGCCUCGACCUGGACUUUCACCGGCUCCCUUGGGUGGACCUUCUCCAGGACGGGCAUCUCCAGCCCCAAGUGAUCGUAAAACAUUUAGCGGCUUCAGCGAUCUUAAUGGCACAGUAGAUGGUGUCGCAUACCGUGACUACACACUUGUUACAACAAAGCGAGAGCUCCUAAAUGGUCUGCGAUACCAUGUCCUACAGUUCAGCGGAGACAGACCUAUCGAUAUCCGCAAUGAAGCGGACUUCACACGACCUGUUCGCCUUCAUCGCAGAGAUCCGCGGUCGGUUCCUACUGAACAAAAUCAGGGGGAAAAUGGUGAGGGUGUAAACGAUGGAAUGGAUGCUGAAGAGAGAGAAGAGUUCGAUAAGCGAAAAGAGGCGCGGCGGCUGGAGCGCGAAGCAAAUCUGGCGCAAGUUGCACCAUCUGUCGAUUCUGGCAAGAGGUCUAACAUCAUCAAAACGAAAACUGCGCAGGUUUUCAACAGAGACUACACUCCAGAGGAACGGAAAAAGAUGCAGAACAACUAUGAGGAGAAGCUACCCUGGCAUAUCGAGGACUUUGACAACAAACACUGCUAUGUUGGUUCCAAUCAGGCCGGAUCCUCAAACGUACAUGCUGCGUUUGUCUACGAGCAGUCCAUAGACGCACAGAACGGCCGUUUUCGGGUUCUACCUAUAGAAAAGAUGUAUCAAUUCAAGCCAAGGAAGACAUUCAAAACCAUGACGAUUGAAGAAGCCGAGAACGCCAUGAAAAAGAAAGGGCGUGAUCCUCAGUGGAUAAUUGAUCAAAGAGAAGCAAACCUCAAAACCGCUCAGCUUGAAAGAUUGUCAAGAGGUAACAGGCCGUUCUUUGGCACAAAAGACGACACAGCAGCUGGCAGGGAAGAUGGAGGCGCAGAUCUUGAUUUCAACAUGGAAGAGGAUUUCGCGGAUGACGAGGAGGGUGACACAUUUUUCGAAAAGGAUGAAGACGAGAAAUUGGCAGAAAGCAGGAUCAAGGAAGAUCAGUUGAACGCCAACAUUUUCGGCAUCAAGGAGGAGAUCGAGUAUGAUCAAGCUGAAGAACGGGAGCGGCGAGAAAAGGAGAGAAAGAAGUUGAUAAGUAAAGGGAUCAAGAGGGCUUUAGAAAAACGAGAGAAAAAUUUUGACCAUGCGAGUGACUCUGAUGAUCCAUUCGGCUCUACGAGCGAAUCAGAGAAUACUGAAGCUGAACGUCGGCGUCUGCAAGCAGAGAAGAAGACAAAGGCUGAACUUGAGGCUAAAAACUCUGGCGCAUCAACAGGAACCAACACCCCUUCUGGACGCAAAGAAAAGCAUGGUGGCACAGCGAGCGAUAGAGAAGGUGGUAUGAAAAGGUCUUCAUCCUCGAAAUCUCUCAAAAGACCCGGUAGUCCCAAUCUUUCCGAUGCUUCAGGGACAGACGUAUCUCUUUCCCGCAAGAAAAAGAAAAAUCGACAUUUGUCAUCCACUCAACCAACUCCCUACCCCUCUCGACCAAUCUCUCCUGCCAACGUGCCAUCGUCUUCCUCUGCCCCAACGAGCGGCGUCCGUAAAGACUCCAACACGUCACAUCUUAAUGUUAUCAACCCAGCAAAGAAGCGGAAAAGUUUGGCUCUCGGGCCUGGUUCCGACACUGAGACUGCUGCACAUAGCGAUGGGGGUGCUAUGUCCGAUAACAGCCGCAAACAGAAACGUCUCAAGCUCAAUCUCGGGCACAAAGAUGGAUCCGGGUCGCCCAAGGUGGCAACACCUCAGGGUGGGAGCCGUGCCUCGUCGCCCAAACCAGCGGCUGUGCCGGUCCAGGCAGCUCGUCCUGGACCGGAUCCGUCAACUUAUCCAACAGCUGCAGAGGUCUAUGCAGCGAUUCCACCGGCAGGAAUCACCACGAAUGAUCUGUCGAAUAUGUUUAGGAGUCGGUACAGGAAGGAGGAUAAGUCGCAGAUGGUGGACAGGAUCAGAGAAGUGGCAAGGUUCGAUAAGCCCACCAGGCUACUCUUUCCAAGCGAGACCUUCAAAGCGGCAUGA